GAGAGCGCCGGUGAAAGGCGGCCCCUCGGUCGGCCGCGGCUUUAGGAAUGGCCUCAAGUGUAGGCGGUGGCGGCGUCGGAGACGGGCUGGACUGAUCUGUGGAGCCGCGAAGGGCCCGCCUUGACCAAGGGACGUAACGAACACUGCGGGCAGUGUUUGAAGAUGGCCCUGAACAAUAUGUCCCUGUCCGCCGGCGAUCAAAGGACUAGGGUGGCCUACCGCGCGUCCCACGGCGACCUCAGCCCGUCGGCGGCCUUAGCGCUGGCGAUGGUCUCCGGAGACAGCUUCCUCGUUGCCAGGCCCGAGGCUGUCCUUCCAGGACCCACUCCUCGGCAGGCCGUGCGGCCAAACGUUCGUACCCGCUUUAUAAAGGGAAGGGAACCUGAUGGACGGAACCGGAGCCGCCAGACCAGAUUCUCACCGUAUCCGACCCCCGGGGUUAAACUGGAUCUCCUGAGGAACUUGCUGCAAGAGCGGCUGGUUGCCAUUGGAAGUGUUAUCGCAGCCCGGCUGUCGGCUUAAUACCUCCCUCUGCCCCUCUAUUCGCUCAUUAACAAGGCCUCUCUAAAAUCCUUCCUUGGUGGCCUCGGCAGUCUUAUUUUCAGAGGGAUGAAUUUUCAUUUUAGUAUAAAAACAUGUAGGAGUCCUGUUAAUAUGGCUUAGUAGGGAGGAAACGUACUUACUGCUGCAUUCCGAUGGUUUGAGGCAGCCAGAAUAAUUAGAUCAGGAAGGAGGUAGAAGAGAUUUUCUUCUUAGUUACAAAGCUGAGCCACCCUCCCCAGAGGCCAGCAAUCAUUUUUCACCCUUUGUGCACGCCAUCCCGACAAUGAACCCAAAUUCUGCUUUCCACAAAUCUUCCGUCCCACCCUGGCAGAUUCUCCUACUUUUGAGACUUGCGAUUGAAGCUUGCUUAACUCUCUACCCCAGACUAUUGCCGUUACGUUUACUUUUGUUGGUGAAAAUGAAAUGCUGCCUUUUACUCCCCUGGCAUAUUCUUCCACAGGGCCCAAGGCAACCCUUUUCCAUCUCCCUCCACUUUUUCUUCAGGAAUGUCUACAAACUCCAGUCUCAGUCACACUAAAAACAAAAGCAAACCUAAACUUUGCUGCUUUUUCGUAUUAUUAAACCAGUUUCUUUUUUUGCCAAAGUCUCCAAAUGAGUUUUUACAUUUCCGUUUGUCAUUUUAUUAUUAGUGUUCAGUCCCGGUUUCCUUAAUCUAAGUCUGUUGUCCCGAAAUAACAAUGCUGGGUAACUUAGGCUCACAGUCUCCUGUUAGGAAGCUGUUCAUCAAUUCACUAUAGCAGCUUCCUCAGACGUUCUUGUUUAUUUUUACUCAUUCAACCAUUCAACAGUAUUUGAAGAUCUUCCCAGUGGUGAGCACUGUGGAUAAACUACAGUCAAGGAAUGUAUUCUAGAUAGGGAGGCUAAGAAGUCAAUAGGUAAUCACCACACUGGACUGUUUUUUAGGUGCAGUGAUAACAAUACCCUAGGUUGCAAUGGCUUUCCAUACUACUGUACUAUCCUGGUUCUUCUCUUACCUGGCUGAUCACUCUUUAUUUUCUGAUACUUUUAUUCUCUUAACCGUAUAUUUCCUAAGGUUUAAAGGGCGGUAUUGGGAGAAAGUUAGUGGGUUCUUUAAGUGCCAACUCUAUGUAAGCAGGUAGACGAGGUGUUUCUCAGUGGACUCUUGUGUAUAAUUAUGACCAGAUAAAGCAAAAUUAUCACACACCACACAGUACGGAAUUGUUAGAACCACAUUUGAAGAAGAAUGUUGGCAAAUCAGAGAGCUUCCAUAAGAGAGUGAUUAAUAUGGUGAGAGAUCUGGAAUGAGGUCAUAGAAAAAAUGGUUGAAAGGAUAAUAACAGCUAUUUUUUUUUUGAGUGCUAUGUGUAAGGCAAUGUUGUAGAGGCUUUUAUUCAUUAUUUAUUCAGAUAUUUAUUGAGAACUUAUACUGUGCCUGAUGUGACCUGUAUUAGGCUUUUAUUUAUUUUUUUUAAAGAUUUUAUUUAUUUGACAGAGAUAGAGAUAGCGAGCGAGAGGGAACACAAGCAGAGGGAGUGGGAGAGGAAGAAGCAGGCUCAUAGUGGAGGAGCCUGAUGUGGGGCUCGAUCCCAUAACGCCGGGAUCACGCCCUGAGCUGAAGGCAGACACUUUAACCGCUGUGCCACCCAGGCGCCCCGUAUUAGGCUUUUAGAAUAAAGUGAACAAGAUCAAUAAUAUCUCUGCUUUGGUGGGGCUUUAUAUAUGUCAUUUAAUUCUCACAAUGGCCCAUAAAGGAGAUAUCAUAUUUCAUUUUACUGCUCAGAAACGAAGGCACAAAGAGAUGAAGUAAAGUUUCCAAGGCGAUACAGCUAGUCAAUGAUAGAGCCUUGCAGCCUUGCAACCCAGUCUCCUCAUUUGAACCAUGCCAAACAAAAAGUUAUUUGAGCAACUAUUUUGUCAAUUCUCCCAAGGAUAGCGUCUAUCUACUACUCUUCUACUUAUCUAAAAGGUUAAUUCUUGAUAUACGAUGGAUGCCUUAGACUGGACAUUACAAAACCUGUAGUUGAGAAAGGAAUCCCAAACCUAUGUGUUACGAGUUUUAGACUGGGAAUAAUAAAUAAAUUAAGGCUGAAGGUAAGAAGUGUUUUCAUAAAACUGAGAGAUGCCUAAUAGUGAAAAAUAACACCUCACAAGGUAAGAUAAGUUAAGUAAAAAGUUCAGAGAGGCUGAAUACUAUCAAGUAUGAAAUAGGAUUAUAUGUCUUCGUAGAUCUUCCCCCAUUUAACCGAUAAUUCUGUACUUUAAAAAAUAAACUUGUUCGGCUCAGGUCAUGAUCCCCGUGUCUUGGGAUCGAGUCCCACAUCCGGCUCCUUGCUCAGCGGGGAGCCUGCUUCUCCCUCUGCCUGCUCUG